AACGAAGAGAAGAAGAAGACAUUAUCAAACAACUGCGAGACUGCUUCGGUUUUAUUGGGAUCUUUAGUGAACAUUUUUCUUGAACAUCGCUAUUUCGCCAUUCAACUUUAUUCGGGCUACAAUUUCCUUCGCUCUAAGUUGCACUUGGACGGGGAAACGUUAAAAAAAUCAUCACUCAACGCUUUUCAUCAUGGAAGCAAACGGCGAGUCAAUCGCCAAGAAUUCGGCUGAAAAUUUGCAACCGAACGAUGAGGAUUCAAUGAAAACCGAGGCCAACGCUAACGUUGUCGAUGUUCACGCAGAUUCAAAACCAAAAGAAACGGACAAUAGCGAAUGUGACGGAAACAAGCAAUCAUGUGAAGAAGAAAACAAGGAAUCCAGUACCAAUGUCGAGGAGAAAAUUCCGUCGCCUGGUUUGAUGCGCAGCCGUAGCACUUCUCGACAUAGCCAUACAUCGCAACAAGAGGAUCAUCACCAAGGCAGGGAACGUAGCGGAUCAGAAGUUAGUGAAGUCAAUUCACGAAAGAGCCGCAGCACAUCACGCCACAGCCGGCGGACACGGUCGCGUAAUCGUAGCACGUCUAGCGUUAGUCGUAGCCGUAGCCGCUCCGGAAGUCGCAAUUCAUCGCAUCGAAGUGGCAGCCGUCGCGUCCGAACGCCAUCGCGUUCGCGGUCUCGUUCCGGUUCAGGAUCUCGUUCGCGUUCUCGUUCCCGUUCUCGCUCACGCUCACGCUCAAACUCACGAUCGCAAUCGCGUUCACGAUCUCGUUCCCGUUCGGGUUCUGGUUCCAGAUCGCGCUCUCGUUCUGGAUCUGCUUCUCGUUCGCGUUCUCGUUCCGGUUCCGGUUCUCGUUCACGUUCUCGUUCCCGGUCUCGUUCAAGAGCCCGUUCGCGCUCCGGAACUGGAUCGAGUUCACGCUCACGUUCCUCUAAAUCGAAAUCCGGAAGCCGGAGCAUUAGUCGUAGCGUGAGUCGUAGCGUUAGUCGCAGCCGAAGCCGCGAUAGCUCGCGUUCCGUAUCCCGCAGCAAGAGUCCAUCCAUGGCGACGGGAGGCGGAAAUCGCAGCGAUGGAGAAAAUGUUGCCGGACCGAGUAACUCCGGCGGUGGAAAACACCUUAAGCAACCAAAACGUAUCAUAGAUUCUGACGAUGAAGAUAACGAUGAAGUAGUCGGCACCCGAGACGACGAUAAAAGACAAGACGAUCCCGAUGAGGGUGGUUCUGUUGCAGAUGAUGCAGAACUUUCGCAUAAGGCGGGAAAACCGGCCAUCAUUGAUUCUGAUGAUGAUGGCAUCAAAGAUGACGGUUCAGAAAGGGGCCAGUUUAUGUCAGACUUUGAUAUUAUGAUGGCCCGCAAGAAGGAAGAAAAGUCACGACGCCGCAAACGUAACGAUAUUGAUUUGAUCAAUGACAAUGACGAUCUGAUUGCGCAAUUGCUGCAGCGGAUGCGCCAGGCAGCUGAACAAGACCGGCAAUUAAACUUGGAAAGCAAACCGGCCACGAAAAAAAUCGCUAUGCUGAAGUAUGUUAUGUCGCAGCUUAUCAAGAAGGAUUUGCAGCUGGCAUUCCUCGAACACAACGUAUUGAAUGUGUUGACCGACUGGAUUGCACCGCUGCCUAACAAAGCACUACCGUGCUUGCAGAUUCGAGAGAGCAUUCUCAAGCUGCUGUCAGAUUUUCCUACCAUCGACAAGUCAUACUUGAAGCAGUCUGGAAUUGGAAAGGCGGUUAUGUACUUGUAUAAACACCCGAAUGAAACGAAGGCGAACCGUGAACGAGCCGGUCGAUUGAUAAAUGACUGGUCUCGUCCAAUCUUUAACCUUAGCACUGACUUCAAAGCAAUGUCGCGCGAAGAACGCCAGCAGCGUGACCUGCAGCACAUGCCACGCAAACGCAAACCAUCCCCGGAUUCAUCUGCUUCGACAAGCAAAAACCAAAAAGGCUUGCCUUUCACCGAAGCGGAAAAAGGGGCUCUUCGACCGGGUGAUAAAGGCUGGGUUCAGCGUGCUAGAGUUCCGAUGCCAUCCGACAAAGAGUACAUCGUUCGACCAAAAUCGAAAAUCGAUGUCGAUAUGAGCAGUAUUGCUAAAAAGAAGCUGAACCGUUACGAAAAACAUCUUAAGAAAUUCAUCGACCAAAAGAGACUGAACUCUUCGCGCCGAGCGGUAGACAUUUCCAUCGAAGGGCGUAAAAUGGCUCUUUAGGUUAGGGUUCCGAUUGCUGUUGCAAAUUCGUAUACAGGCAGUUCCCUGAAAGCACGCGUUACAUAAAUUUCAACUACUUAUUCUUACGUUCUUCCUUCUUUUCUUGGCGUUACGACUUUCAUGUAAAGACCGACGUUGCGACCAGCGCAGCGACGCUGCUAGCACCAUCGGUUUCUGUUGUUUGAGAUGUAUAUUUUAUUGAACCCAUGUAUUGACAAUUUCGUGGAAUCAAUCGAGCGCCAAGGAUUCUUUUAGUCUUUGAAAUCUAACUUUAUCUAUUUUACCGGUUUAGCAAUAUUACCGUAACCUGUUCACAUCCAUCAUUAUUUGAAGCGACAAUAAAAACGUAGAAAACCGCUGUU